AUGGGGGAUGGAAAGCCACCGGAUCCAACAGCAGGAACUCGACGUCCCCCUGAGGUCUCUUCGUUGUCGGACGGCAAGAAAGACAGCGACUUGAUUCACCAAAAGGAAAGAGUUCGACUGCUUACCUUGACGGACGACAAUACGAAGAUGGACGAGGUGAUGGUAGAAGAUAGUAUCGAGGAAGAACUAAAUCACAGCAGCAUGCCGGAAACCACAACAGAGGGGGAUAGGGUUCGCAACCUACUAGAACAAGGGCCAAAGCCGCAGCCUAAGCCGGUAGCCUGGGGUAUGGAAAGCAAGAAGUUGUUCAGUGAAGCAUUGGAAUGUAGCGGACUCGGACUAUGA